AUGUCACCAGUAAUUUAUGGAGAAUAUAAUCCACUAAAGUUUGUUCCAAGGAGUCGAUGGUAUAGUGAACAAAAUAGCUUCAUAUUUUCAUUUGAAAAUGAUCAGGAUACUACAAAUAUGAGAAUAAGCCGUUUGUUAGAGUUUGACAAUAGGUUAAAAGGAUGUGUCAGUUAUGCAAGGAAUGAAUGGAUUAAUAAUAAAUUUUAUUUCGCCAUCAAGUGUCAAGGUUUGCAAAAAAUAUUCGGUGGUUAUUCUCCAAUCAGAUUUUAUAACCAUGACUUUGGUGAAUGUUUCGCUCGUUCCGCUGAUUGUUUUAUUUUUUCUUUUGAAAAUGAUGUAGACACGCAAAAUAUGAAAUUAAGUCGUGUAACUUCGCAAUAUUUUAAUAAUGCUAUAUAUGAAUACAACUCAUAUAAUAACACUUAUGGAUUUAAUUUUGGUGGUGGUGAUUUAUAUACAAAAAAUAAUUAUUUAUAUGUAGGUAAAAGCGGAUUUUAUGAGCAUAAUUUAAUUGAAAAUAAUAAUCCUUACAAAAUUGAGGAAAUCGAGGCCUUUAGUAUAACAAACAUCGAAAGAUAA